AUGAGUGUUGCCCAGGGAGGUGAUGUCGAAGAGGAAGAGCUAGGCGAGAGUUUCGGACGUCUACUGAUUGAAAAUGGGGACGAGGAAGAUGUUCACACCGAAGACGAUACCACUCAGGGGACGACACGGAGUGAAGAAGACGAAGAAAUCGAAGAUGAGGAGCUCGACAGCGAUGGUACAAAUGUGUCUUGGUCGGACGCUAUCACUGUGCAUAAUCCCUGGUUUUUUGACGAUGAGUGUGGCAUCGAUCAUACCAUUCUAGAGUCUUGUAGAGUUCCUAUCGAUUUUUUCAGCCUAUUUUUCAGCACUGAUAUGAUUGACCCUAUUGUCGUAGAAACAAAUAGGUACGGACAUAGGUACGGACAAGCAAAGGAUCACUCGUGGGCGCCUACUGAAGCCGAAGAAAUUCGCAAGUUUGUAGCCUUGUGUCUUCAGAUGGGAGUCGUAAAGCUACCUAUUUUGCGAGAUUAUUGGGGCUCUAGACCUGCUUUCGGCGGACGCGCAAUCGCUUAA